UCAGUCCAGUUGCUCCAUUCCAUGUUUGUGCGCGGACUCGGAUCCCUCUUGAGAGCGUCGAGUGUGUGUAUUUAGGCUAAUGCCUUUGAUUCAGUAACAGUUCAUUGAGGGUUCUCUCCUGCAGCAGGACUGGAAACAUUUCUCUAACUUCACGUCCAGCGUCGACUUCGGAUCUGUUCUUGCCAAAUACAGCAGUACCUUUUUUCAACAGCUUUAUUUUCAUGCAGUAUUAAGUUUACGCAUAUAGACUUUUUUUUUUUUUUUUUUUUAAAUAUAUAGGCUAUAUAUAAAAAGUUGUUCGUCGUACUGGAUUAGCAACUCGAACGCAAGUUGACAUUUACUCAUAUAAAGGUGUGUCCAUCUAAAGAGCCUGCUGUGUUCUAGUGCCACUAUGAAGGACCGCGACUCUCUCUCCCUCCUGCACUACUCUGGUUCAGGCAAGACGAGCCCUCAGUUUGCUUCUGCUUCUCUCCAUCCUAGCUCCCCCGUGUUGGGAAAGCCCCAACCUUUCUGCCUGCAGUCGGGCCAGCACCUCAUAGCCUCCAUGCAGCUCCAGAAACUCAACAGUCACUAUCAAAAUCUGUCCUCUGCAGCUACAACCGGACCCGGCCGAGGGUACGGAGCCACCAUGCUGGGCACGGGACAGAUUGCCACUCCUGGGGCGGCACAGACACCUGGGAUCAUUGAUUCUGAUCCGGUCGAUGAGGAAGUUCUGAUGUCGCUAGUGGUGGAGCUGGGUUUGGACCGUGCCAAUGAGCUUCCAGAGCUAUGGCUGGGUCAGAACGAGUUUGACUUCAUCGCAGAUGUGCCGGCUGGCUGCUGACCCUCUUGGUUGCUACCAAAUCCCCUGCGGUCUUUAAAAUCAAAGUGUCAAAUGAAUGGCAAUUAAAUUUGCCUAUAAAAAGAGUAUUUAACUGUCAGAUUUGAACUGUCAAGAGCUGUUAUUUGCAGACUGAUGUAGGUUUGCUCGAGACCUCUGUUCGUGAGACUCUAUGUAGUCUUUUCUGUGGAGAAGUGUUCUAAAGUCAGAGGACUGAGCAGGCUUACCAAAACGGCCAUCCUUAAGAUGUUUUCCGCUGCCUUAGGGACAUCUAUAUUUCCAAAGCUCAUUCACACCCUUAUAAAAGCCACAUCGUGAUAUGUGGAAUGGAUCUGAAAAGUCACCUCAAUGUGAGGUUGGAGGAGGAGAGAUAUACAGCAUACAUGAUUUAUAAAGAACAAAGUCUACUUUUGCCUGGCUGCCUAUUGUUCUAACUUGUUCCGACCCUAUCCAGACAAACGGUGGGAUGGUAUUACAUGUGUGUAAUGGAAGGUGAUCGUGAACUGGUGCGCUCAGCUGAGCCCCUCUAUCAUUCGUGAGAUUCCCUUGAGAAGCCGUGUCAUCGCAAGCCUCGCUGGUCACAGAGGAACUCAACCUGGCCGAAGGUUUUCCAUGGUUAAAUAUAUUAAUGAGACGUGUCUGUUUACCCCACAAGUCAGCCUGCAUGGUGUGAUAGCCUUAUUUUUAUAUUUUUGUCUAGAGAUGAUUGGUUUAUGCACUUAUCAAUGUUCAUCCAAAAAAUGUUAUUGCCUACUUUUUUUCCCUCUAAAUUUACUUCAGUUAAUUUUUUUUUUUUUUUUUUUUUUUUUUUUUUGUCUUGUAGGCUAUAUAAAUAAAAUAAGUUAAUUGUAAUGUAGAUCUAUGCAGGCCUUGUCCAAAAUCCACAAAUAUGUUAGACAUUUUUGUUAGCAUGCAUGCUUAAAAUGCAUUUGGUUACACAUUGAAAGAGAACUUUCUGUCAGAUAUUUUCUGUCAUUUUACUUUAAUGUGACUUACUGAAACUUAAUCAAAGAUUUUUCGUUUAGCACUUUUCUUUCAUCCAUUUAUUUUUCUACGUAAGAGAGUUAUUACCUAUAUUUAAAAGUGUGUACUUUUUCUGGGUUUUUUUUUUCUGAAUGUGAGAAAAUAAAGUAACAAAGCACA